CAACAAAAUAUAUAUAAAUGGUCAAGUGUCAAACGUCAAAAUCAGCAUACCAGCCGUGGGUUUGACUUUUGGUGUUUUAAUGGUAAAAGGGUGUAGCAAAAGUGAACUAUACCAUCUAAUUCAUGGACAAACUGGAAAUUAAUUUUUACAAUAAGUGGACCAAAAAAAGUCUUUUUUAUAAUGUGUCUAAAAAUGUGCUGAUUUAAGCGAAUUAUCCUGUUAGAAUUUAAAAAAUAUCUCCGAGCUCUCUGGUAAAAUAAUGCUUAGCAAAAAUUAAAUAUCGUAAUCACCCUAUGCCAGAUAUUAAUUUUUAUUAAAAAACUCCUCCGUCUUUACUUGUCAAAGCGAUUUCAUUUAGAUAAAAAUUUCAUUUCGGGAACAAAGAAAUUAAAGUUUUCACAUAUUUGUUAAACGAUAUGUAUAAAUAUAUUAUAGAAAUAUACAUUCGAUUUUUUUAAGUUUUGGGCAUAUAAAACUUUUAUCAUGAAAUUACGAGUACAGAAAAGAGGACGGAAGCGAAGUGUAUAAGAUAUGUUGCUAAAGAAAAAGUGUAAAAAGUAUGUGUCCGGGUUUUAUUUUCUUAUAAGCACCAGGAAAUAUAUUGUCACAAAUUUGAACAGCUUAAAGUAAAAAAUAGAUAUUAAUUAGGAAGGAGAGAAAUUGAUUAACUCCUCUGUGAGAAUUUAGACAAGUGGCUCACAACAAAACCAGCACCAGCGUUGCUUUGAGACGAAAAUAAUACAUUGUAGCUAUGAGUAAUUACCGUCACCAUGGAGGAGGCGGUGGCUAUAGUGGAAUCGAAAUUCGAAACAUGCAUCCAAGAAUCUCUCAAAAUUUCACUUACGUUAGUUCAUGUGUUAAAUAUCUGAUCUUCAUGCUAAAUUUCAUAUUCUGGCUUUCGGGAGGAUUAUUGCUGGGUAUUGGUCUUUAUGCUUUCAUGGACAAAUGGGAAGCGACUGGAUGGGUUCGUCUAGAAACAUUUUACGAUGUAAUACUGAACAUCUCUUUAGUAAUGAUGCUGACCGGAAUACUUAUUUCUGUAGUCAGUUUUGCUGGUUGCCUUGGUGCGCUGCGUGAAAAUACUUGUUUACUAAAAUUCUAUACUAUGUGCUUACUAAUGUUUUUUCUUUUGGAAUUGGCCAUUGCCAUAAUGGGAUUUGUUUUUCCACAUAAUAUGAAUUCUUUCCUGGAAGACAAAUUCACUGAUAAAAUUAUACACUCAUAUCGUGAUGACCCAGAUUUACAGAAUCUUAUCGAUUUUGCACAACUUGAAUUUAAAUGCUGUGGAUUAAGCAACUCUGGAUAUCAAGACUGGAGCAAGAAUGAGUAUUUCAACUGUUCAUCACCAUCAGUUGAGCGUUGCGGCGUUCCAUAUAGUUGUUGUAUUAAUGCAACUGACAUCAGUUCGGGUUUGGUUAAUAUUAUGUGCGGCUAUGGCGUUCAAGAACACUCGGUUGCGGCUGCCAGCAAACGUAUUUGGACUAGUGGUUGUAUUGAGAUUGUUCGAGUUUGGGCAGAACGAAACCUAUAUACUAUAGCAGGCAUUGCUCUAGGAGUUGCUCUAAUACAACUUUUUAUCAUAUAUUUAGCUAAAACUCUAGAAGGCCAAAUAGAUCUGCAGAAAUCGCGUUGGAAUGCGUGAGUUCUUUUAAUGUGAAAACAAAUGUAGGGUACCAUUGGUAGCAACAUUUCUAUAUCGUAAACAUGUAAACUUUCCAUUUUUAUAGGUAUGUUAGUUAUUUUAAACAAUAGUGUUUAUAAUUUUUAUAUAAAUUUUGAAUAGAGAGUAUAUAAGACAGUAUGUUGCUCUUUUCGCUCAAACGUAUUAUAUAUUGAAAAUAUUGAAUUUAAAACGCAUUUAAUACAUUGAUGACAUUUUUUUCAAUAAAUCACAAACGAGUGAAACUGUUUUUAUCGUACAAAUCGUGUUCAGAUGUAUUUGUACUUUAUGAUAACACGUUGGUGCUGCAUUUAGCAUUUUCUUACUCUAGUACUAAAAAUAGAUUGUCAGAAAAAAGACUUGGUUUAAUUCAAACUGUAGGCCGUUUUAAUUGUAUUCCUUUGCACUGUUAAUUUUUCUCGAAUAUAUGCAAUAUUAUUGUAAGUAAUUUUAACUACUAUACCUAUGUAUUACUGCAAAUUGCAAAAACAAGAAACACUCGUAAGUUUAUGUGUUCAUUAUAAUCA